AUGAGAAUUCUAGGGCUAUUUAUAUUCACCUUUUGCGCCGUUUUCGUGGCUGCAAACUGGUCACCGGAGGAUUAUGAGAUUUUCAGCUUGAAUGACAAAAUCAAGAAAGAUCUUGGUCCAGAGACCGACUUCUACACAUGGCUAAAUCUACCUAGAGGACCCAAGUCUUCUUUUGAAGAGAUCAACAAGGCUUACAGAAAAUUGUCGAGGAGAUUGCAUCCUGAUAAGUUUAGCGGAAGACCAAAGAAGCUUAAGAAGAAGGCGGAGGAGCGUUUCCAAAGAUUGUCUCUUGUCGGCAACAUCUUGAGAGACCACAGCUUGAAGACUAGAUACGACUAUUUCUACGACAAAGGUUUUCCCAAAUGGAGAGGCACGGGCUACUUUUACCUGAGAUUUCGUCCUGGUUUUGUUCUUACAUUGGUCGUACUCUUUUUGAUCGUGGGAUUGUUCCACUAUGUCUCACUCAAAAUCAGCAGAAAGCAGGACUACAAGAGAAUUAUGAACAUGAAGGAUGAGAUCAGAUCGCAGGCUUGGAAUAACUCCGGUGUGCCACCGUUAGAUGGCUCUGAUAGAAAAGUUGAAGCUCCCAACGGUGUUCAAUUUCAUGUCUCUAAUACUGGUGAUGUCAGUAUCAUCGAGACCGAGAGAAACAACAACAGGGUGCUCGUUCCUUUGGAUGAAAAUGAUAUCAACGUGAACCCAGGUUUCAAAGAGACUUUAUUCUUCAAAGUGCCUGCAAAACUUUGGAACGUGUCUAUCGGUAAGGUCACUGGGAAGGGUAUCGACACCACUAUUGUUUAUCAAACAUCAUCGGCUGAAACCGAGAAGCAAACCCAGGAAAAGAAGACCAAGAAAAAAAAGAAGCCUAAGGGAAACAAGAUCGAAUUGCCUAAUGGCAAAGUCAUCUAUAGCAAACCCAAAAAGUAA